AUGCUGCACUUAAGGCUAUUCGAUAGCUCACUCUACUACACGCUGGCCUCCGCCUCCGAAUCCUCGGGACUCGUGUCCUCCACCUCCACAUCCACAUCCACCUCCAGCUCCACCUUCACAUCCACAUCCACGGAAAGGUCGUUCAAUGGCACCCAGGAGGCGGGGGGCGUGGCCGUGGGCGGCGAGUACCUACCGCCCACCGAUGUGGCGGCAGUUAAUCUGACAUAUUUCACACCUGCGAUAUCACACGUGAUGCUGGCGCCAACAACGAUAGCAACCACUACAGCCUCGGCCACAAUGGUCCAGAUCCAGACGACAGCGGCGCCAAGUCACGACUUGGAGACGGGCGGCAACUCCACAUCCAGCGACCCCAACGAAUUUGACAAUUUAAAUUCGUUCUACUUUUAUGAGACCGAGCAGUUUGCAGUGCUCUGGAUCCUGUUUACCGUCAUCGUCCUGGGCAAUUCUGCCGUUCUCUUUGUGAUGUUCAUCAACAAGAAUCGCAAGUCGCGCAUGAACUACUUCAUCAAACAGCUGGCAUUGGCAGAUCUGUGCGUGGGACUGCUCAACGUCCUCACCGACAUUAUAUGGCGCAUCACGAUUUCGUGGCGGGCGGGCAACCUGGCCUGCAAGGCCAUCCGCUUCUCGCAGGUCUGCGUCACAUACUCGUCCACCUACGUGCUGGUGGCCAUGAGCAUCGACAGAUACGAUGCCAUCACACACCCCAUGAACUUCUCAAAGUCGUGGAAAAGAGCCCGUCAUCUGGUGGCAGGCGCGUGGCUCAUUUCGGCGUUGUUUUCGCUUCCCAUCCUGGUUUUGUACGAGGAGAAGCUCAUCCAAGGACAUCCGCAAUGCUGGAUUGAGUUGGGCUCACCGAUCGCCUGGCAGGUGUACAUGAGCCUGGUGUCGGCCACUCUCUUUGCCAUUCCUGCGCUGAUCAUUUCCGCCUGCUAUGCGAUCAUCGUCAAGACGAUUUGGGCCAAGGGUUCCAUUUUUGUGCCCACUGAACGCGCUGGCUUUGGAGCUGCACCUGCCAGGAGAGCCAGCUCGAGGGGCAUUAUUCCGAGGGCAAAGGUCAAAACGGUCAAGAUGACAUUGACCAUCGUGUUUGUGUUUAUAAUCUGCUGGUCGCCGUACAUCAUCUUCGAUUUGCUGCAGGUGUUUGGCCAGAUUCCCCACUCACAGACCAACAUCGCCAUCGCCACCUUCAUCCAAAGUCUCGCGCCGCUGAACUCGGCGGCCAAUCCGCUGAUCUAUUGCCUCUUCUCAUCGCAGGUCUUUCGCACUUUGAGUCGCUUUCCGCCCUUUAAGUGGUUUACCUGCUGCUGCAAAUCGUACCGCAACAACUCGCAGCAGAACCGCUGCCACACGGUUGGUCGUCGACUGCACAACAGCUGCGAUUCGAUGAGGACACUGACCACCUCGUUGACGGUCUCCCGUCGGUCCACCAACAAGACCAACGCCCGUGUGGUCAUCUGCGAACGGCCCACCAAGGUGGUCACCGUGCCAGCCAUGUCGGAGGUAUGAUAGCUGGCCCACACCAGCCGGAAGAGAUCCGCGUUCUCGAUUCAUGGUCCCACGUCCUUCAGCGACGCGGAGUUCCUUUAAAUGGCAACAAGGACAUGCUGUGAAUG